UUCACUGAGAUAGGCACACGCAUCCGGAGCAGAAAAUCUAUCCGGUCGCUACCCCUGCAGAUCGGGAGACACCAGGGACCUUGCAAUGAUCUCUCUGGAGUUCAAUUUCAACGUUUUGACAAGGGAUCUGUCGCUUUAUUUGGAAAAUCAAGUCAAAGUUGGGCUUUUUGGAUCUGGUGUUGGACUGUCACUAGUGCUCGGCUUCAGCGCAGCGUAUGCCUGCUACUACUUGAUAUCUGUAGCCAAGAAGCCACAACUUGUCUCUGGUGGGAAGAAGUUUUACCAGUUCCUGAAGGAGCAAUGUCCUGUGGUAUCAGAAACCUAUUACCCCACCUUCUGGUGCUGGGAGAGCCGGAUCCAGACUCUACUGAGACCUUUUGUCACGGCUAAACCCGGGGUCAGCUACAGAAAUGAGCUCAUUGGUGCGGCAGAUGGAGGCCAGAUCUCUUUGGAUUGGUUUGACAACGAUGACAGCGCCCCUCACCCCGACCGGGCCACCCGGCCCACUGUGCUGCUGCUCCCCGGCCUCACCGGUACCAGCCGCGAGUCCUACAUCCUGCACAUGGUCCAGCAGAGCCGGGAGCUGGGCUAUAGAUGUGUGGUCUUCAACAACAGAGGGGUCUCCGGUGAAACGCUCUUGACUCCCAGAACCUACUGCGCUGCCAACACAGAAGACUUGGAGGCUGUCAUCGAACACAUCCAAUGGACCAACGAGGCUGCGCCUCUCAUGGCUGCUGGAGUCUCCAUGGGCGGGAUGAUGUUGGCCAACUACCUGGGUAGGAAGGGCCGUGAGACCUGUCUGAAGGGCGUGGUGGUCUUCUCUGCUGGCUGGGAUGUGUUUGAGUGCACCGCCUCGCUGGAGAAGCCCCUGGACCGCUUCCUCUUCAACUCCUACCUCACCAGCUGCCUGCAGGCCUCCGUGGACAGACACAGACCUGUGCUUGAGAAGUGUUACGACAUUGAUCAUGUGAUGAAGGCUAAGACCAUCAGAGAGUUUGAUACCAGGUUCACGUCUAAGAUGUUUGGAUAUCCGACCAAUGAUGACUACUACCGUGAUGCCAGUCCUGUGCACAGGCUGAAAUCUGUGCAGGUACCAAUGCUGUGUCUGAACGCAGCGGACGAUGUCUUUUCCCCCUGUCAUGCCAUUCCAGUGGAGGCGGUGAAGCAGAACCCCAACCUUGCCCUCCUCAUCACCUGUCAUGGCGGCCAUAUUGGCUUUCUGGAAGGCCUCUGGCCCAGACAGAGCACUUACAUGGACCGUGUUUUCAAGCAGUUUGCCAAGGCUGUCAUAGAGCAGGGCAGCCGACUACAAGACCUGUCUUGCUAGUGGGGUUGGGCCCGAAUGUCCCCUACCUUCCUCCUACUUUCCUCCCUCCUUCCUCGUCUACCACAAGCAAAAAACGUGUUUUCUGUUUUUUAAGGGCACAUCGCAAUACAACAUGUUCACGGAUGUAGUCGUCCAAACAUUUGUUAAUUUUGUGUACAUGUAACCAUGCAUUUAUAUGCUUCUUGAAAACAAAAGCAUAAAUGUUCUUGUUAAUGUUUAAAAGAUAAUGUACGAAUCUAUUGUUUCGGUUGCGCUAGCUAAUUAUGGGAUCAUCAUGUGCAAUUACUUUUAUUUUAAGGUGCUACAUAUAAUGUUUCAUUCUUUUCUUUGUGUGGUACAUGAACAAGUGAAGUGAAUACUUUCAAAGCAUCCCAUGACUGAUGCCUGUUUUAGCAGGCUUCGCUAAACUUGGCGAUACUUUCCAUAAAACAUUGAAGAUUGUCCUAAAGUGGUGCAAAGCCUGCUGAAACAGUGACAGUAGCCUGCAGGAAGAACUUCUAUGUCCACAACACUCAAUUUGCAAACAGUGUGGUACGGACAGGAAAAUCAAUGGACCAGCCCUUCAGAUUGAACCUGGUUAAUUUGUUAGACAGAUGAAGAAAUGUUUUAAAUAUUACAUGUAGUACCAAGUUAACAGCAGUACUGUAUUAUCACUAUAUGACUUGAGUCAUUCCCUCUCUUUCUGUCCAUUUUCUUGAAAACUGUCAUUGUAGAAUUUUAGUCCUCAGGGAUUUUAUUUAUUUACUCAUAGAACCCGUACAUUGUUUUGAACUUUUCCUACCUAAUCACAGUAUGUUCUCUAAAAACCUUCUGCAUGCACUUUUUUAAAUCAAAUUCUUUGUGUAGGCUACACCAAAUAGCUGUACUCUGUAUGUUAAUGACUUCAUUAAUGACAAGGAAUGUGAAAUUGCACUAUUUCUUUUAGAAUAUCAUGCCUCUAAUUCCUUCUCGCAAAGUCACCACAUUUCAGUGUAGAGUUACCCAAACGGCCUAAAGACCUAUCAUGCAAUUAUCACUGGGAAGCCCUUGACUGACUGUUGAGACUUAAACGUCCAAAUCGUCAGUAUCUACACGUCUUCACUUUGCUUGUAAAAUAUUUGCUGAGCACCAAUUUGAAACCUCAUGUUAGAAUGAAGGUGCUAGAUGCUGUGAUGCGAAUAAGGUUUAACCCAAGCAAGUGUGUGAGUUGUACGCUGGCUACAGUUUGAUGGGGGUGCUGCAUUGCAAAAUGUAUAGUGUAAUUAUAGCGUGGUUGCCAGGUUUUUUCUCCUUUCGCCAACAAUGAUAUUGGAGCUGGCUACCAUAAAGGAGUUGGCUGAAGAGACAGCCUGGCGCCCAGGCUUUCUUCCCUGCACUGUAUAGAGGAUUCUAAAUCCUGUUCCUGCGAGGUUUGUAUGAUAGUUUGUUCUGUCUAGUGGCCAUUGAGUAGCAUGUGUCUCAUUGUCAACAUGUCCUGAAACCAUACGACUAACGCCACACCGUAGCCAGUAGCACAAAGGACAUGUGUAUAUGACCAUUUGGGAUAUUAAAGAAGACAUUCAACAUGCGCAGCAAUAAGAUUUUAAGAUGAAAUUGUCUAUGUAGUACAAGUCCUGGUAUAUGCACAUGUAUCACGAUGCGU